AAUUCUGCAAGAGGUUCUGAUUUACUAUCGCUGUUCUCUAGGUGGUCUAAAACCGCUUUUGACCUAAAGGGACACUUUUUGGACGCCAUGGACGUUUCUCAGUUUCCAGGUAGAAAGAACAGUAAAAAUGCAGGCAGGGCACAGGACAAAGCACUAGGGACAAAAUGUAUGUGAAAUGGUUUGAUACAUGAAUGUCACUUUUUGUCAUUUUCAAAUUUCCCGCCGUUCCGUCCCCCGUACGUCCCAACGCUUGCAGGGAACGGACCCCAGAAGACAGAUGCCGGCAUCUGCCAGAUUACAUUGCCGGGAACACUGCAGGAGGGACAU